GUACUGCUACAUGAAGCUCAAUUUUUCAAGAUGUCGUCGCUGGAGCAGAGGCUGUCGCGGAUCGAGGAGAAACUAAAGCAGGAAAACGAGGAAGCUCGGCGGAGAAUCGACCUCAACAUCGACAUGAGUCCACACCGAUCACAUCCGAGACCAAUCAUCGUGAUCCAGCUCAGUCCUGCUCCAGCUCCUUCCCAGCGUGCAGCCCUUCAGCUGCCCCUGGCCAACGACGCAGGAAGCAGGUCAUCGUCCUCAGAGAGCUCACCUCAGCACCACCCCUUUCGUCGCAGACACAUGCUCACCCUCCCCACACCGCAGUAUGGCUUACAGAAGAGUCUAGAGAAUGCAGAGAUUGAUCAGAAAUUGCAAGAGAUCAUGAAACAGACAGGUUAUCUUAAAAUUGAUGGACAGAGGUAUCCAGCUGAGGUGACUGAUCUGAUCAGUGAAGGCGAGAUUGGCAGCGGCACCUGUGGACAGGUCUUCAAAGUGCGAUUCAAGAAGACUGGGCAUGUCAUCGCCGUUAAACAAAUGCGCCGAACAGGAAACAAGGAUGAGAACAAGAGGAUCCUGAUGGACUUAGAUGUGGUGCUGAAGAGUCAUGACUGUCCUUAUAUCAUCCAGUGCUAUGGUGCCAUAGUUACCAAUACAGAUGUAUUUAUUGCCAUGGAACUGAUGGGAACAUGUGCUGAGAAGCUGAAGAAAAGAAUUCAGGGCCCAAUCCCAGAGGAGAUUUUAGGAAAGAUGACUGUUGCAAUAGUAAAAGCCUUGCUGUAUCUUAAAGAGAAACACGGUGUUAUCCAUCGCGAUGUGAAACCCUCCAACAUUCUCCUGGAUGCGAAAGGUCAGAUCAAACUGUGUGACUUUGGCAUUAGCGGACGCCUCGUUGACUCCAAGGCAAAGACACGCAGUGCUGGCUGUGCUGCUUACAUGGCGCCAGAGAGAAUAGACCCUCCAGAUCCCACCAAACCCGACUAUGACAUUCGAGCAGACGUGUGGAGCCUUGGCAUCUCUCUGGUGGAGCUGGCUACAGGACAGUUUCCCUACAAGAAUUGUAAGACAGACUUUGAGGUUCUGACCAAAGUACUGCAGGAAGACCCUCCUCUGCUGCCUCUCAGCAUGGGCUUCUCCCUCGACUUCCAGUCAUUUGUCAAAGAUUGCCUCACUAAGGAUCACAGAAAAAGGCCAAAAUACCACCAGCUUCUGGAGCACAGCUUCAUCCGGCGUUACGAGGUGCUGGACGUUGACGUGGCCGGUUGGUUCCAAACGGUAAUGGAUCGCACCGAGUCGCCUCGCACCAGCCAGUGUUACAGUCAUCAGCACCAGCUCCACUCACUCUUGAGCAGGUAGCCCAGAGAGCCCUCAUCCUGUAUUGCUUAGCUGUCCUCUUAAUCUAGUCUAGCCUUGGCCUAAGCAGCUAAGCUAAGCCUUAGACUCCCGGCCCCGGCUGUUCACCUGUCCACCGGAAAAGCCCUCAACCAGCGAGACGAAGACUCAAUGGAUUAUAGGAUGCAGUGAUUGACACAGGGAGGAACUGAUGGACGGACGGAUGGACAGAGGGAGGAUUAUAGUUUGUUUUUGGUGUGUUGAACCUGGACAGGCAGACAUGGGAGUGAGUUUUGAGCAGUAUUUAGCUUCAUUUGCUUACAUCUACCAUUAUGUCACAUCACACUUGUGUAAACACAGAAUGUCUCCUAGUCACCACUCAUCUAAUACUCUCACAUGUAUAUGUGUGUAUGUACAGAUAUCAACCCAAGGUCAGUAGUAAUAUAACGUAUACACACUACUGUAUAUCCGAAUGCUGUAUAUCCGACUGAUGUUUCAACACACACUUUGAUCAUUUUUAACAACAAUUUAUCAUUAUUUGAAUGGGCAAGCUUAGAAAGGUUAUCAGCUGCAUAAUUGGGAGGAAAAACUGAAAAAAAUUAGUGUUGCAUUUUAACAUUGUAGAAAGUGGCAGGUUUUUUUGUUGAAGAACUGGGAGAGUAAAGGAGAUGCUUGGAAGAGCAACAUCUUGAAUAAGGAUGUGUGCUGGAUUGCCAGGAUUUCUCUGGAAAUGUGAGAAUUGAAAGGGAAGGAGUGGCAAUGUAUUGAUAGAUUGUGUUAUUGUGUGGGAAAAUGAGCAGGGUUGCGUUUUCUGUGAGGGGGACGCAGAACAGACAGCAUACAAAGAAUAGAAAAUGGGGUUGAUCUUAUUAACUGUGGAGCAUGUCUUUUGACUUCACACAUGGUUUGUCUACCUCGUCCUCUCAGUCUGCCUCUGCUGUUUAGCGCUCCAUCAGUAUUUCCUGACCAAAGGUGGUCCAUGUUGGUGGACGCCAAGACACCCCAGACGAAUGACACUCACAUACUUCAUGAAUAAUCACGUUUGAAUGAAGCAGAGGUUUCACACGACCAUCCUUAACCCACACUCAAACUGGUCCCCUCCAAAUGUGUGUCCAAAUAAUUCAACUAUCCUUUUAUAUGGUAGGUGUAGUUAAUCUAGUGGUUCUCUAUUAUUUUCUGUCAUGCCCGCUUUAGGGGACAGAGAUUUAUUUCACAACACCCUGAUAUUUAUUUAUGUGAUGUUGCUCUGAUAUUUAUUUAUCUGGACAAACCACUGUAGAGUUGCUGGCACCAGCUUUGUUCAAACAUGAAUACAAACACCAACAAUAUGGAUGCCAACCUUGAAGAAAUUGAAUGAGUAUAGCAGUCUUUGAGAGGCACUGGUUUAGCCACAUGAAGAUUUUGGAAUUAGCGUGUUUGCUGCUGUGGCCAUUGACUGACUUUACACCAAACCAUACCACUGAGAAAUGCUACAGAGUUGUACUGGUAGAGGAAACAGUUAAGUGUCAAAUGAGAAAAGAUAACGGAAUGUUGUUUUGAUGGAAGAUGAGUGGAAAUGGAGAGAGCGGUUGAGGUGUUGAGAAAGUUAUGUCGUAGUUGGAAGUAAGUACGUGAUAAACGAGAGGAAACAGAAAAGAAAGCAUCCGCCUGCUGACCUCCGACCCGAGCUAGUCAGUGUUCAUGGUGUUACAACAACCUGCCAAUUAUCAAUUAUAGCUUUUAGCAGUGCUGGUUAGUUAGCAUUAUUAUGAUUUUUUGUCUGUUCAGUUAUUUAUUUACUGCUGCUACUUUUAUUUUGUUUAUGCUUUAGACGCUGCUGUCACUUCUUUUCACCAAAAGGCCAAAUACUUAUAUUUUCUUGCCAAAUAAUUGAACUCCAAUACAAAGUCUACACAUUGUUUUACCAAAUACAGAGGAGUACAUUUGAGGGAAGCAAACAGUAUGCGGAUCAAAAAAAGAUCUGCUGUGGCGACUCCGUAAUCAGGAAAAAGCCGAAAGAAACAAACAAGCAGUAAGUGAAAGAUGGACACAUGUGGAAGGUUGUCUUUAUUCAUAUGAAGUACUAACUCAUGACACAUUGUAACCACUUAUCACCGCACAUCAUCAAACUGUGUAAUGCAGGGGUUAGAGUGCAUGUCUGUCUGUCCAGAUGCUUUGGUUCAAGUCCAUCCUCAACUCUGUCCAUCCAUGUCACCUGCAGGCUUGACAACUGCACACCAAAGGUGUCCACAGCCCAAGAAAUACAUUGUUAUGAUGCUUGUUAUUGAUAUUAUCAUUGAUUGUUCUCAGCUAUGGUAUACAUACAUGAAAUCUCUCUAUAGCUAGUGUGUCUGAGGAGCUCUAGGGGGCGCUGUGGUGUAGCAGCGCCCCCCUUGUGUGUUUUUAUAUACUGUACAGAGGGAGACUGGUGCACCGUAACACACAACAGGGCCGCGCAUUCCAAAGUAGCCCAAUGACUGAAAGUUUUGUAUCAGGAAGUUGACAGCAGUCUGGCUAACUACAGUCAUCCCUUAUUUAACGUUAACUGGUUUCAGACCCAACUGCGAAAAAUGAAGUUGGAGCAUAGAAAACCUGUUUAGGACCUUCUAAAAACGCUUUUAACAAAAUUAGAGCCCUGUAAACAUACAAUAACACCCCUAUGUUCACCUUUAUACUUGUGUUAUCUGACAUAGUAGACAUGAUAAGCAAUAAGACAUUAACUCACAGUUAGCAUUUGGAAAGGUAAUGUGAGUCUAUCUCACAUGGCAUUAAUAAAAUAAAAAAGAUCAUCAGCCAUCAUCCAUCCUCACUUUGUCACUUGAUUGACAUAUUCAUGCCAGUCUGACUUGGACCUGCCAUACAUAGACGUACACGCCGACAAUAACACUAGCUUUGUUUACAUCACCUUGCACACUGCUUGUGUGCAGGCUACGGCAUCUCUGAAGUGACACAAGAGACGGCUGCUGCUUUAAACAUAGCAAUACUGUAUAACAAUUAUUGAGGAAGGACAGAAUAAGCAGGCAAAAGUAUACCACUUCCACAUGGAAUAAUAGGCCAUAGUCAACCACAAAACAGCGAUCUUUUAUUGUUUUGUGUGAGUGAUAUUAGUCAUAUAGCGAGGGAUGGCUGUAAUUGCUUUUCACUGUUUAUCAUCAGCUUGUACCAUCAGCCUGAAUUGUUAGUCACAUUGUAAUUGUCAGUUUAAAAAACAAACAAUGGCACUCAUUAGAGCGCAGAAUUGCACCAAUGCCAAACUAGCCCAAUUAUACCACCAAAUUACUGUAUACACAUAAGUGGAUUUUUUUUUAUGCCCCCAUGUUGCACAGAAUUGACAGAUCUCGAGCCUCUUUCGCACUGCAAUAUUGAUGCAGCCCUUAUCCACCUUUGUUUUUUAUACAUAAACCAGCAAAGUAGGGACAUUGCAAUUAGAUAAUAGAUUUGUGAUGAUGUCAGCUCCAGCAUCUGCUUUGAUUUAUAAUAUGCUGCAUUGACCCAAAUAUAAGGCAACCCUGAACACAGGACAAGACCAAUUUUGACCUACAUCAGAGACUCGCACGGCUUUCAGCAUGGCAGUAUUAAUCUGGGUUCUACCACAGCAAAUAUCAAAAUGCAACCAUUUUUUCAGAGAAAAGAUUUGUGCAUGUAUGAACGAUUUGUCACUGUUGUCAAGACGUACAACCACAGCAGCUCUGUUAGAUAAGAGUAUGAAAAAAAAAAUUCUUGUUUUUCGUUAAUUUGUUCCAAAAAGGUUUGAUGAAAUCUGAAAUAUACACAGGAAAUCAUAAAAUACAUUAUUUCUAGAGUAAUUACAGUUUUACAGAAUAGUUAUAAAUGGUGAAGGUACGUGCAAUAUUGUAGGAGGGAAAGGGGGCGCGAUUUUGGUUAAAGUUUUCAAUGAAAACUGAGGUUUGACUAUCAAAUAAAAAGAAUCCAGAAAACAGAAGAAUCCAUAUUAAAAUCUGCACAAUUGUACAAAGACGAUGUCAACACAGGUUGAAAAAUUCUUAUGUUUCUGUUGGUAAAGUCACCAUUAAAUGUGCAAGAUAUGGCUAAUUGUGGUUUUGGUUAUAUCCAUAUAGUCCAACUUCUACGGGUCUACCCGACAACCGAGGCAAGCCCCUAGUGGUUCUGCGUUAGUCGCUUCUGGCAAAAUAGCUACUUCAGAAAGGGAACAGAAGAUACGACUUUUUCCCCUUUUUGUUGCUAUUGAAAAAAUUGCUAUUGCUAACUUGGAUAUGAAACAUGCCAGCUCUUUCAGGUGGCGUGAAAGAGACCAGUGGUAUAAGUUGGACUUGGUUAGCUUGGCCCUUUUGUCUGCUUUUCCUCUGUGGUGCAUUGAUGGGACUUAAAGCCACGGUUAAAAAAAACAAACAAAACAAUAACUAAUUUUGGUGCUCAUCAUCAUGACACUAUUGUGUGUCUCCGAUGUACCCUCAAGUUGUCCCAGUCUCCCACUGUUAUAAUGUUCUUUGUUUAUAAGCUGAUGUACACAAACACAUGCACACUGGCUCUCCCAUGCUACUUGUGUGAGGAUGUAGUGAUGUUCCCACACCAAAUAUUUAAAGUGGUCCCACCCUGGCUUGAUGUGUGUAUAUUAGCUGUGAAGCUAGCUGCUAGCGCGUACCUGAGCUGUGCCUUGGCGCCCAGCUGCUCUGUAUGUAUGUAUGUAUGUGUGUACGUGUGUGUGUGUGUGUGUGUGUAAAUCCCAUCUGUAAGUAAACCAAAUAUCAUUGUCACUAUGCAGUCAUGCAAAAACCAUGUCAGCUUGCUAUGAGCGGUACAUAAGAGAUUUACUUACAUGAUUUGGACUUAGCCACCCCUUGUCCCAGUUUGAGCAACAGCGUCACCUUCUGCAAGUUUUGAAUGAGCUAACAAAUAUUUAAGGAUUGUAUCGUUUUUUAUGGGGAGGGGGUUGCUUGGAUAAAUGCUGUAAAGUCUAUCAUCAAGUGCAUGUCAUUGUCACAGCUGUAACUGCCAUUGUUUUUUUUUGGUUCUUCCAUGUUGUUUAGGGUGAUGAUGCACAUCAUUAUUAUUAUUAUUAUUAUUAUUAUUUAUGUGUUGCCGUUUUUUUUUGUGUAUUUUGUUCAGCUCUCAUAAAGCUCACUUUGUUCACUCAGAGCAUCACAAGUGGCUGACAAAAAGUGUUUGUUAGAAAGCUUUCUCCUCAUGGGCCCCUUUCUUUUAUUUAGCUGUGUGUCUACCAAAAGUCUGUAUUGAUGGUGAUUUUUUUUAUUAUAAUUAGCUUUUAUUUGUGUGUGUGUUUUUUUUAUGAUUAUUUGAUGAGUUCUGUUUUAUUUGAGUUCUUAUGAAUACUUUUCAGGGCGAAGAUGACACCAAAUUGAACAAAUAAUAAGUAGGAAAUGAGUCUGUUAUUGAAAAGAUUUUAUUUUUUUAGCCUGGUGGAUGUUUUUUUUCUGGCUGUAAUUUGUGUCCUGUUGAUUCUUGCCACCACUUACAGAUAACCUCUGAACUUUAGUUGGACUUGUAUUGUUAUUAUGACGAUGUAUUGUGUGUUGAUCAGAUGAUCACUUUAUGACUUGUUACCCCAAUAUGGGCUAUAAAUUGUGUGCUGUUGCUUUAUACCUCCCCGCCCCCGUUCUCCCUCCACUACUCACAUACGCGCAUCCAUGUCCUGCUUUUUGUUUUGAAUAUUUUUUAUAAUUAUUUUUGUAUUCAUCCUGUUUCUUUGAUGCUGUAGUAGUGAGCCCAUGGCUCACAUACAAGAGCUUUGUUUUGUUGUUUUUUUCUUCCUAAAGCUGUCAUGACUGAUAUUGCACUUGUGAUGGGUUUUUUUGUUAUAUUAUUAUUAUUUUUGUUUUGUGUCAGAUUGAUGUGCCCAGAGGAGAAUAGUGGGUGUGAACAUUGUGCAAAACAGCAAUUCUUUUUUUGUUGUUUUGCAUGUAUCUGUGACAAAAGCACGAACAUCAUUCAACAGUGUAUUUUCUUCACUGAUUAUAUAUUUAUUGAUUUGU